GAGUUUCUAUUGGGUCAACUCGGGAAGGUACAAGAUGGCGGCCUUGGCAAGCUGUGGCACCGGUGCCGGGAGUACUGGGUCUGUGGCGUCUACGGCGAGCAAGAACGUCACCAGUUUCCAGAGGAAGGGUACUAGAGCCGGCGGGACCGUUAGCGGUGGCUCUCGUCUGAUGUCUAUCGCUGGCACACGACCGUCGGUCCGGAAUGGGCAGCUGCUGGUAUCAACCGGGCUUCCAGCCCUGGACCAGCUCUUAGGUGGAGGAUUAGCUGUUGGAACAGUUCUACUAAUUGAAGAGGAUAAAUAUAAUAUUUACUCACCUUCACUCUUCAAGUAUUUCCUGGCAGAGGGAAUCCUCAGUGGUCAUACUCUAUUGGUUGCAUCUGCUAAAGAAGACCCUGCUGACAUUUUACAGGAACUUCCAGAACCAUUACUUGAUGAGAAUUGUAAAAAGGAAUUUGAUGAAAAUACAUGUAAUCAUAAAACACCAGAAUCUAAUAUGGAGAUGAAAAUAGCUUGGCGAUACCAGUUAUUACCCAAGAUGGAGACUGGACCAGUAUCUUCAUCAAGAUUUGGUCACUAUUAUGAUAUUUCAAAAAGAAUGCCCCAAGAACUAAUUCAGACUUCAAAAUGGCAUGGAUUUUUUCUUCCAGAAGAAUUGUCUUCAUCUAUUAAAGUGGAACCCUGUUCUCUGACCCAUGGCUACCAAAAACUGCUUCAGUUCAUUCAAAGAAUCAUUUAUGAGGAAGGAUUUGAUGGAUCUAAUCCCCAGAAAAAACAGAAAAACAUUUUAAGAAUAGGAAUCCAGAACCUUGGCUCACCUUUGUGGGGAGAUGACGUUUGUUGUGCAGAAAACCGUGACAACAGUCACAGUCUUACCAAGUUCCUCUAUGUUCUCCGUGGUCUUCUAAGGACCUCUCUUUCAGCUUGUAUCAUUACAAUGCCAUCACAUCUCAUCCAGAAUAAAGCAGUCAUUGCUCGUGUUACAAACUUGUCAGAUACAGUAGUUGGGCUGGAAUCAUUUAUUGGUUCUGAGAAAGAAACUAAUGCAUUAUAUAAGGAUUAUCAUGGUUUGAUUCAUAUACGGAAGAUUCCCCGGCUUAAUAACUUGACUUGUGAUACAUCAGAUGUGAAAGAUUUAGCUUUCAAAUUAAAAAGAAAACUAUUCACCAUUGAGCGACUGCAUUUGCCUCCAGACUUGUCAGACACAGUGAGCCGCUCAAGCAAACACGAUCUGGCAGAAUCCGCCAAACUGCUGGACCCAGGCUGUGGCGUGAUGGCCGGAGGCAAGAGGCACCUGGACUUCUAGUGAUUUCUCCUUAGUCGUUGCAUACAGAAUUAUAUGACACUCUAAUUAUGAUUGCUAAUAGCUUAUGUAAAUAUUUUUCUUAACGAUUUGACCCUCCAAUCCUUCAAAAACAGUCAGGAUUGUGAAGGGGGGGGGGGGGCACCAUUCUUCAUUUUUUUUUUUAGCCAACUUUUUAUACAGAAAUAGUACAACAGAAAUACUUUCAUUAAAAAUUUUCAUGUGUGCUCUAUUUGGAGAAAAUAGGCCAUUUUAUUUUUAAAUAAAAUAUCAGAAAUUCAAAAU